AUGACGAGAGGAUAUUCAUUAGAAAAAGAUUUAAGCUUAUUGGUAAAUAAUCCAAAAUAUAGUGAUAUAGAGAUUUUAUGCGAAGAUGAAAAGAAAUUAUAUGGUUGUAGAGCAAUUUUAGCAGCAAGAUCCGAAGUAUUCGAUAGAUUACUAUAUAAUGGGAUGAAAGAAAGUUAUGAAACACAAAUUCCUUUCCCAAAGAUUAAUUCUUCUGGAAUGGGAAUUGUAUUAGAAUAUACUUAUACGGGAUCAAUUAAAGAAGAAUCUUUAACAAAGGAUAAUAUAAUUGAAGCUUUUUAUGCUGCUGACUAUUUUCAAUUACCAGACCUUCAGAAUUUUAUUAUGAAAGCUUUCAAAAAUACAUUAGAAAAAAAUCCUACAGAAAAUUAUUCACCAGAAUUAUUAUCUAAAUUUGCAGGAAAAAUGCCAUUAACAGAAGAUAACAUUCUAUUAAAUUUAUUGGUUGAAGCGGUGGCUAUUAUUCCAUUAAAUACAAUUGAAUUUGGUCGAUUGUCUAUUGCAGGUCUUCAAUAUCUUUUAUCUUGUACAUACGAUAAAGAAAAACCUUUUACAACCCGAGAAUAUGAAGUUUUUCGAUAUAGUGCUAUUCUUGCAGCAAAACAAGUUUCUAAUGAUGCAUUCAAAACUCUUUUGAAACGAUUGCCAACCUUAGACCAAAUAGAGAAUUCAAUCCAAGUAGAAAGUGAACCUAUUACUGAUCAUCAAAAAAUUGCUAAAGAAUUGGAACCUUUAGUUGAAUUUAUUGAUUUCAGAAGAAUUAAAGGUUCAAUAUUAGUUGAUAUCAUCGAGCCACUAGAAAUCGUCCCAGCUAAAAUAAUUUUAAAUAUUUAUCGACAUAAUACAAAAUCAAAUAAUUUCAAUUUAAAUGAUAUUCGGGGAACACUACUAUAUAGAACUAAUGAAUCUGAUUGUGUUUGGGAUGAGACAGCAUGUGGAUCAAAACUUAUUAUUGAAGAUAAUGGAAAAGUUGUAAGAGCACCAAAGAGUCUUGGAUCAUCAUGGAGAAGUGUUAGGGCUAAAAUGAUAUUAGAAAAUAAUGGUAUUUAUGAAUGGGACGUUAUUAUUGAAAAAGCUUGUAAUGCUUCUUGGAUUGGAGUAGCAUCAGAAAAUUUAAACUAUGAAAAAUUUGCAGGAAAUCAACUUACUGGAUGGGUAUUGGCUUCCAGUGGUUAUUAUUGUAAUUCUGGAAAUUAUAUAGGCAAUUACUGUCCAGGAUUCGGAGAUGGUGCAAUAAUUACUGUUCACUUAGAUAUGAAUAAAAGAACUUGCGCUUUUACAGUCAAUGGUACAAGGUAUCCAGAAGUGCCAACAUGGAAUAAUUUACCAUCAAAACUUUAUCCAGUAGCAUCAUUGUAUUAUCCUGGUCAAUUUCGAAUUCAACCUCAUAAAAAAAAUAUUUAA